AUAAGAAUUGAGAAGAUAACAAGUGGUUUAUGCUUAGAUUGAUUCACGAAUCGCGUGGUUACCUUUUUUUAAUAACAACGACAAAUAUCUCUGCAAUCACACACACAAAGCAACAUGAUCCUUUACGCUUCUACACCAAGCUCAAUCAUCUUCUCCAAACGCAAUGCGCCUCAGCAAGCCACGCCAAGAAGGCCAUCGCCCUUCAACUGUGCGCGCCAGAGCAGUCAAGAUGCGCCAAAUGGAGGCAAUCCGAAGCCACUAUCAUCAUUCCCACGCUUGUUCUGCCACAACCAUUGUUCUUGCAUAUGCGGAAGGAGGCUUUUCAUUGAAGCAGCAGCGACUUCUCUGUUCCCUCUAAGUUCUUCAAUGGCGUCCUCUAAUUCAUCCUCUGAUUACACAGCUAUAUUGAACAGGGUUCAUCCUCCUAAGCCAGAUUGGUACGAGGAUUUCUACGCAUCUGUUCUAGCUAAUGGCAUGAAAUUGUACGAAGCGGAGAUUGCAGAUUACAAGUCCCAGAUGUUUGCCACUUUAAGAGGGAAGGCCCAGAAAGUCCUAGAGAUCGGAAUUGGCGCGGGUCCUAACCUUAAAUAUUACGCUGGGGAAGAAGGUAUGAAGGUUUAUGGUGUGGAUCCAAACCCCAAGAUGGAGAAAUAUGCUCGCGAAGCAGCACAGAGUGCUGGUCUGCCAGCUGAUAACUUCGAGUUUAAACAAGCGGUCGGGGAGGCUAUACCAUUACCCGAUGCUUCGGUCGAUGUUGUCGUUGGAACACUCGUCUUAUGUUCUGUGUCGAAUGUCGACAUGACUCUAAAGGAGGUGAAGAGGGUUCUGAGACCCAGUGGACUAUACAUAUUCGUCGAACACGUGGCUGCAGAAGGAACCGUGCUUCGGUUUGUACAAGACGUGCUCGAUCCCGUGCAGCAGUUAGUUUCUGAUGGAUGUCACCUUACCCGGAGGACAGGGCAGAGUAUAAGUGAAGCCGGGUUUUCAAAUGUUGAUCUAAACAUGGCUUCCUUCUCUAAUGCUGCCUUCAUAAAUCCUCAAGUUUAUGGAGUUGCUCAUAGAUGACAAGAAAUGUAACAUCCUGUUCCCACAUUUUCCCUCAGUAUCCUGUCUUCAUUGUCUUCUCCUUCUUCUAUGCUUUGUUUCUUUGCUGCAGGCCCAUGCUUGAAGCAGGAGAAACACUGAUAAAUCAACCAUGAGCUUGAAUAUCCACAUCUUGUGUAUCUCUUCCACGGGUCGGGUCAGGUCAGAGUAGAGACGGAGAAGCCUUCUCCAUUUCUGUUCCCGUUCUUGCCUCUUAAUUCAUUUUUUUCAUGUUUG